GCAAACAUGAACGUGAAUGCUCUCAGCCUACUGCAGACUCCGAUUUGGGGGGCCUGUGGCUUAUACAGUGUCUUUCAAAUAAAAAGAAUACAACUUUGUAAAUACCAAAUAUAGGUCCAGGCUGGACGGAGCAGACCCUGCACUUCAAAGAAAACCCAUCUGAACUGACCUCUGAUACCCACAAUGUUAUGAUCUUUUACCAAGAGCAUAAAUGCAUAUGCAUUACUUUUGCAUCUGAACGUCAACAAGUCUAAAAUGAAAAUAAAAGCAACCUGGGAGACCCAGAGUUUUUGUAGUAUGGAUCUUGAAAUUUCCCCAUCAACUUUAAAUGCCCUGGAGUCUGAGGAUUGGAAGAGGCUGGGAGAAGGUUUCCUCUUGAGCGUGGCUGGCCGAGGGUCCUGCCCGUAUCCCCUGUGUCCCCGAGGAGAAGGACUAAUCAAAGAUCAGCAGUGGCUGUAACAGAAUCUCAAGGGAGGUCUGGUUUCCAGUUCUCCCAGGUGGCCCCUGCACCCACAGGUGGAGCGUCCCCACCUCCCGCUGUGAAUUAUUAACUCCGCUCCGCCCAGCCGGCUAGAAUCGCCUCAGACCUGAGUGGCCUCAGACCUGGAUGCUGAGCCUCAUCUGUCGCGGAUCACAGUGGGAAGCCAGCUUGGAGUGACCUGAGCCAGUCGCUGUUCCUGACUUUCUCCCCCCACCCUCGCACAAUGGACCCCAAGAAAGAAGAGGUGAGGAGGGAGCACAUCCGUCUGCACAUGGAGGGGACACUGACGGCCCGCGACAAGGUCGGGGUGCAGGAUUUUGUGCUGCUGGACGCGCACACCAGCGAAUCCGCCUUCGUGGACAAUCUUCGCAAGCGCUUCAACGAGAACCUCAUCUACACCUACAUCGGGACGCUCCUGGUGUCUGUGAAUCCCUACCAGGAGCUGGGGAUCUACACCGUGAGCCAGAUGGAACUCUACCAAGGGGUCAGUUUCUUUGAGCUGCCGCCGCAUGUCUACGCCAUAGCGGACAACGCUUACCGCAUGAUGUGCUCGGAGCUCAACAACCACUUCAUCCUCAUCUCUGGAGAGAGUGGGGCGGGGAAAACCGAGGCCUCCAAGAAGAUCCUGCAGUAUUUCGCAGUGACCUGCCCAAUGACCGAGUCACUACAGAUAGCCCGAGACAGGCUGCUGCUCUCCAAUCCAGUGCUGGAGGCUUUUGGAAAUGCCAAAACACUCCGGAAUGACAACUCCAGCCGGUUUGGAAAAUACAUGGACAUCCAGUUUGACUUUCAGGGCAUUCCCGUCGGCGGGCACAUCAUCAGUUACUUGAUUGAAAAGUCCCGAGUCGUCUAUCAGAACCAGGGUGAGCGGAAUUUCCACAUCUUCUACCAGCUGCUGGCCGGCGGAGAAGCCGAUCGCCUGGCUCACCUGGGCCUCGAGCGAGACCCCCGGCUGUAUAAGUACCUCUCGCAGGGUCAUCGUGCCAAGGAGUCAUCUCUUAAUGACAAGAACGACUGGAAAACUGUUUCCAAUGCCUUUUCUGUCAUCGAUUUUACCAAAGCCGACCUCGAGAAUCUCUUUGGCAUUAUCGCCAGUGUCCUGCACCUGGGGAACAUCUGUUUUGAGGAGGACCCCCAGGGCUGUGCCACCGUCCCCGACACUCACGAGAUCAAGUGGAUCGCCAAGCUCCUGGGGGUCUGUCCAUCUGUCCUUCUGGACGCUCUCACCCACCGAAAGAUCGAAGCCAAGACAGAGGAGGUGAUCUGCCCGCUGACCCCAGGACACUCUGUCUACGCCAGGGACGCCAUGGCCAAGGCCGUGUAUGGACGGACCUUCACGUGGCUGGUCAACAAGAUCAACUCCUCCCUGGUGAACAAGGAUGUCACCAAAAAAACCGUGAUUGGAUUGCUGGAUAUCUAUGGGUUCGAGGUCUUUGACAAAAACGGUUUUGAACAGUUUUGUAUAAAUUACUGCAAUGAGAAGCUCCAACAGCUGUUAAUAGAGAGGACCCUGAAGGCAGAACAGGCAGAAUAUGAGAUGGAAGGGAUCGAGUGGGAGCCCAUUCAGUAUUUCAACAACAAGAUCAUCUGCGAUUUGGUGGAGGAGAGGCACAAAGGGAUCAUCUCCAUUCUGGAUGAAGAGUGCCUGCGCCCUGGCCCGGCCACGGACUUGAGCUUCCUGGAGAAACUGGAGGAGACGGUGGGCGAGCAUGCGCACUUCCAGACCCGUAAGCUGGCGGGGCCCAAAGGCCGGAAGAGGAUUGGCUGGAUGGAGUUCCAGCUGCUCCACUACGCGGGAGAGGUCACCUACUGCACCAAGGGAUUCUUGGAAAAAAACAACGACCUCUUGUACAGACACCUGAAGGAAGUGCUGUGCAGGUCCAGCAACAGAAUCCUGAGGGAAUGCUUCCUGGUGGCUGAGCUGGAAAACCGGAGGAGGCCACCAACAGUGGGGACUCAGUUUAAGGACAGCCUGGGCAGCCUCCUGGAAAUGCUCAUCUGCAAGGAGCCCUCCUACAUCCGCUGCAUCAAGCCCAACGACACCAAGGAGCCCAGCAAGUUCGAUGACUUCCUCAUCAGACACCAGAUCAAGUACCUGGGGCUCAUGGAGCACCUGCGGGUGCGGCGGGCCGGCUUUGCGUACCGCAGGAGAUACGAGCAUUUCUUGCAAAGGUACAAGUCCUUGUGCCCAGACACCUGGCCACACUGGCAUGGGCCUCCGGGAGAGGGCGUAGAACGGCUGAUCAAGUACAUCGGUUACAGACCCGAGGAGUACAAGCUAGGGAAAACCAAAAUAUUCAUUCGUUUCCCCAGAACCCUGUUUGCUACGGAAGAUGCCUUUGAAUUUAGUAAACAUCAAUUAGUUGCGAGAAUCCAAGCCACGUACAAGGGCCGCCUAGGAAGAAGGGAAUACGUGAAGAAGCGACAGGCAGCCACCAAACUGGAAGCCCACUGGCGUGGAGUCCUGGCUCGAAGGGAGGUCCAGCGGAGAAGGUGGGCAGUGCAGGUAAUAAGAAGGUUCAUCAAGGGAUUCAUCCAUCGCCACAGACCCCUCUGCCCUGACAACGAGGAGUUCAUAGUGUUCGUGCGGAAGAAUUACAUCCUGAAUCUUCGGAAUCAUGUUCCGAAGAAUGUGUUGGACAAGAGCUGGCUGCGGCCUCCGGGCAUCCUGGAACACGCCUCCGACCUGCUCAGGAAGAUGUGCCUGAGGAACCUGGUUCGCAAGUACUGCCGCGGGGUGACGGAUGAGCGGAGAGCCAUGAUGCAGCAAAAGGUGGUUACAAGUGAAAUAUUCAGGGGGAAGAAAGAAGGCUACGCAGACAGCUUACGCCAGCCCUUUGCUACUAGUCGGAUAGAUGAAGGAGACAUUCACCCCAAGGUGCUCCAACUGAUCGGCAGUGAGAAAGUCGAGUAUGGUGUCCCAGUCAUCAAGUACGACAGGAAAGGCUUCAAGGCUCGGCAGCGGCAACUCAUCCUCACUCGGAAAGCGGCUUAUGUGGUGGAAAUGGCCAAGAUCAAGCAGAAGAUAGAGUACUCGGCGCUCAAGGGUGUUUCCACCAGUAGUCUGAGUGAUGGGAUCUUGGUCAUUCAUGUGUCACCAGAAGACAUCAAGCAGAAGGGGGACGCUGUCUUACAGUGUGAACACCCGUUUGAGGCGGUUACUAAACUGGUCAUGCUGGUUAAGAAGGAGAACAUGGUAAACGUUGUUCAAGGAAGUUUACAGUUUUAUAUUAGUCCUGGGAAAGAAGGCACAAUAGUUUUCCAUACUGGACUGGAAGAACACAUCUAUAAAGAUAAAAAUGGACAGUUAACGGUGGUGAGUGGCUGCCUUGGGGGUGGGGGAAGAGAAGCCUUUCAGAAGAGAAUAUAGAUUUAGAAAGUGGAUUGUUUCUCCCCUCCAUCCCCAAUUCCACAUCUGAGAGGGGAAAAAAUGGACACUAGAAGCAUGAAAUUAAACACUGGAGGAGGCAAAGAGUCUACCAUGUUUAACUGCCAGUGAACAAGAGGCUGACACGAAGUACUCACCCCUCAAACUUGUCUCCACAUGGAGCCCAUGUGCUGGAGUCCCCCAUAAAUCGUAAUUUAGUUACGGGGAGGAGAACCCGAGGCUGGGCACUCAGGGACCCGGACCUCCCUGACCAGGCCCCGUGCUGAGCCGAAGGUCCCCAGUCCACACAGCAGGAGGACCAGCUUGUCUGGACCUAAUGUUCCUUGGAAGUGAGAUGUAUAAAUCUGGAGGCUAAAUCAUUAAAAUGUCCUUCCUAUUUAUACCAAGAAUUAUUAUUUGAUACCAUUUAGAGAGCAAAGAAUCUCCUACACACUUGAACUUGUUUACCAAUAAAAGUGUUUUGUGGAUUUAACUUUUAUAACUCAAUGGCCCCCUUUAGGAAUAAGUUCAAGGGAGGACCAUUUUCAAUGUCAGCUGACGGGGUGAUUUUUCAGUUGACAUGCAUGUUUUCAAGCUUACACCUGAGAGACUGACCCUCUCUCCUUCAGUCCAACAGCCCCUCUUCCUCGGCAGUUGGCUCAGGCUGACCAUGCCGACAGGCCUGUGAGCCACUUUCUACAUCUACCUUGUCCCCUGGGGGGUGGGGCUGGCUCCUCAGCCCCCCCCCCUCACUCUGGUGCAGAGGGCUGCAUGAUGCAAGGGAGCAGCUGGGUGUCUAAGGGGCGACUCUCCUAGGUGUCUGUUCGGAGGAAGUCCUGAUACGGCGUGACGCCUGACCGCACCAGCGCUGUUUGUGCUCCAACUGAGAAAAGGACCGGAAAAGCAGGAAAAAAUCCAGUUAGCUACGUGUUCAAGGAAAAAUGCCAGCACCUAUCGGAAAAGGCCCCCUGUGCGGAGACCGAGUGGCAUGUCACAGCAAAGGCCGACCCAGCUUCCCAGUGGCACUCAUAUUAGGACGCCUUCUGAGAGCCCGCCUUGUUGUCCACGGGGGUUGUUUUCAGCGUCCCUAAUAGAACCCCCCUCAACAGGGCAUGUCCCAGGGUGGAUGACGGAUUCUCUACCUCCAUUAAGCUAUUCAAGACAUGAUGAAAUACUGUGUGGUCUAUGAGUAAGUAAAUGAAAUUUCAUAAAGUUUCAAAGACUUGAAUUUUGCUUUAAAUAAAUGAAACUUACAAGUUCAA